UGUGCGCGCGAGGAUGACAGUCGCCAUUUUAUUUUGAAAAAUCUAACCGAACUGGAAGGAGAGCAACCCUUUUAAUUAAUCAAGUUUGGGCGCAGAAACCAAUAGGAAUGAACAUCACACAUACAUUUUAGGAACCAUGAUGCUGAACUUGAUGUUGCACUGAGGGACUUUACCUUGUAUCAAGAUCAACUGACAGAAGAAGCUUGUUUUAAAACAUACAUUUUUCACACCUGGGGGGGGGGGGCAGAAGUAUCUUAUCACUGAAGUGACUAAAGGGGAAUAAUGGUGAUUUUGCGCCGGGCACGGCCGCCUGCUUCCGCCCCAACCAGCAAUGAAUCUUGACUCGCUCUCGCUGGCUUUGUCUCAAAUCAGCUACCUGGUGGACAAUUUAUCUAAGAAAAACUACAGAGCCAGCCAGCAGGAAAUACAGCAUAUUGUGAAUCGUCACGGCCCUGAGGCGGACAGGCAUUUAUUACGCUGUCUCUUCUCCCAUGUGGAUUUCAGUGGUGAUGGUAAAAGCAGUGGCAAAGAUUUCCAUCAGUUUCUGAUCCAGGAGUGUGUUUCACUGAUUUCAAAGCCUAAUUUUAUUUCAACACUCUGCUACACCAUCGACAAUCCUUUGCACUACCAGAAGAGUUUGAAGCCGUCGGCCCACUUGUUUACUCAGUUGAGUAAAGUUCUCAAGCUAAGCAAAGUUCAAGAAGUGAUAUUUGGCCUUGCUUUACUCAAUUCGUGCAACGCAGACCUUCGUGGUUUUGCCGCGCAGUUCGUCAAACAAAAGCUCCCUGACCUCCUCCGCUCGUACGUGGACGCGGACCUUGGAGGAAACCAGGAAGGUGGCUUCCAAGAUAUUGCCAUAGAGGUCUUGCACCUGCUCCUCUCCCAUCUUCUGUUUGGCCAGAAGGGAGCCAGUGGGGUUGGACAAGAGCAGAUUUACGCUUUCCUCAAGACACUGUGCAGAGAUUUCCCGCAGGCGCGCUGCCCUGUGGUGCUUGCACCGCUGCUGUACCCUGAAAAACGGGACAUUCUGAUGGACAGGAUUCUGCCAGACUCGGGAGAGUUAGCCAAGACAAUGAUGGAGAGUUCUCUUGCAGAGUUUAUGCAGGAAGUUGGCUAUGGCUUUUGUGCAAGUCUUGAUGAAUGCCGCAACAUAAUCCUUCAGUAUGGGGUGCGAGAGGUCACUGCCAGCCAGGUGGCCAGGGUCCUGGGGAUGAUGGCUCGUACCCACUCUGGCUUGUCUGAUGGAAUCCCCCUACAGUCCAUCUCGGCUCCGGGCAGUGGCAUUUGGAGCGAUGGAAAGGACAAAAGUGAUGGUUCUCAGGCCCACACCUGGAAUGUAGAAGUUCUGAUUGACGUGGUCAAAGAAGUUAACCCCAAUCUGAACUUCAAAGAGGUGACCUAUGAGCUCGAUCACCCUGGCUUUAUGAUCCGGGACAGUAAGGGACUUCAGAUGGUGGUGUAUGGGAUCCAGAGGGGCCUGGGUAUGGAGGUGUUCCCUGUCGACCUCAUCUACCGGCCCUGGAAGCAUGCUGAGGGACAGCUGUCAUUCAUUCAGCACUCCCUCAUGAGCCCAGAUGUGUUCUGCUUUGCUGACUACCCCUGCCACACCGUAGCCAUCGACAUACUGAAGGCCCCACCUGAGGACGAUAACAGAGAGAUAGCCACCUGGAAGAGCCUGGACCUGGUGGAGAGCCUCCUGCGACUCUCUGAGGUGGGCCAGUACGAGCAGGUGAAGCAGCUCUUCAGUUUCCCCAUCAAGCACUGUCCUGACAUGCUGGUGCUGGCGCUGCUGCAGAUCAGCACCUCCUGGCACACCCUGCGCCACGAGCUCAUCUCCACCCUCAUGCCCAUCUUCUUGGGCAACCACCCCAACUCCGCCAUCAUCUUGCACUACGCGUGGCACGGACAGGGCCAGUCCCCCUCUAUUCGUCAGCUGAUCAUGCACUCGAUGGCAGAGUGGUACAUGAGAGGGGAGCAGUACGACCAGGCCAAGCUGUCCCGCAUCCUGGAUGUGGCCCAGGACUUGAAGUCUCUUUCGAUGCUGCUAAAUGGUACUCCAUUUGCCUUUGUUAUCGACCUUGCUGCACUUGCCUCGCGCCGUGAAUACCUCAAACUUGACAAAUGGCUGACUGACAAAAUCCGAGAGCACGGGGUGGGUGGCGAGCCCUUCAUCCAGGCAUGUGUAACGUUCCUGAAGAGACGCUGUCCCUCUAUUAUGGGUGGUUUGGCCCCAGAGAAGGACCAGCCCAAAAGCGCCCAGCUCCCCCCGGAAACGAUGGCUACCAUGCUGGGCUGUCUGCAGUCCUGUGCAGGGAGUGUGUCUCAAGAGCUCUCCGAGACGAUCUUGACCAUGGUUGCCAACUGUAGCAACGUCAUGAACAAAGCCCGCCAGCCACCACCGGGGGUCAUGCCAAAGGGACGUGCUCCCAGCACCAGCAGCCUAGACGCCAUUUCCCCUGUGCAGGUAUCGGUGUCUCCUCUCCAGAUGGAUCCCCUGACAGCCAUGGGCUCGCUGAACCUGGGCAGCUCUACCACCUCUCACACACAGAGCAUGCAGGGCUUCCCUACCCCUCUGGGCUCUGCCUUCAGCAACCCCCAGUCCCCAGCUAAGGCCUUCCCUCCACUGUCCAACCCCAACCCCAGCACACCAUUUGGGGGGAUUGGAAGCCUCUCUUCACAGCUAGGUAACCCAGGUCCGCUGGGAUCAGGCAUUGGUUCUGGUCUUGGAAUGCCAGCGGUGAGCAGUGAUCCUUUUGGGACGAGGAAGAUGAGCACACCGGGCCUGAAUCCGCCCACCUUUCAGCAGAGUAAGAUGAAGGCCUCUGACCUAUCUCAGGUGUGGCCUGAGGCUAACCAGCACUUUAGUAAGGAGAUUGACGAUGAGGCUAACAGUUACUUCCAGCGCAUCUACAACCACCCCCCACACCCUACCAUGUCUGUGGAUGAGGUGCUGGAGAUGCUGCAGAGGUUCAAGGACUCCACCAUCAAGCGAGAGCGUGAGGUCUUUAACUGUAUGCUGAGGAACUUGUUCGAGGAGUACCGCUUCUUCCCCCAGUACCCCGACAAGGAGCUGCACAUCACCGCCUGCCUGUUCGGGGGGAUCAUUGAGAAGGGUCUUGUCACCUACAUGGCCCUCGGACUGGCCCUCCGAUAUGUCCUCGAAGCCUUAAGGAAACCAUUUGGAUCCAAAAUGUAUUACUUUGGAAUCGCUGCUCUAGAUAGAUUCAAAAAUAGGCUGAAGGACUAUCCCCAAUAUUGUCAGCACUUGGCCUCAAUUGGCCACUUUCUGCAAUUCCCCCUUCAUUUACAAGAGUGCGUGCAGUAUAUCGAGUAUGGCCAACAGUCACGGGAUCCUCCGGUGAAGAUGCAGGGAUCCAUCACCACCCCAGGAAGCCUGGCGUUGGCUCAAGCUCAGGCCCAGUCUCAGCCUCCCAAAGCCCCCCAGCCUGGACAGCCCAGCACCCUGGUCACCACAGCUACCACCACCACCACUGUCGCCAAAACCACUACCAUCACCCGACCUACCCCUGGCAGCUUCAAGAAGGAUGUGCCGCCCUCCAUCAACACCACCAACAUUGACACUCUGCUAGUAGCAACAGACCAAACCGAGAGGAUUGUGGAACCCCCAGAAAAUGUUCAAGAGAAAAUCGCUUUCAUCUUCAAUAACUUGUCACAAUCCAACAUGACACAGAAGGUUGAGGAGUUAAAGGAGACUGUGAAAGAAGAGUUUAUGCCCUGGGUCUCCCAGUAUCUGGUCAUGAAGAGGGUCAGCAUCGAGCCCAACUUCCACAGCCUGUACUCCAACUUUCUAGACACCCUGAAGAACCCUGAGUUUGUCAAAAUGGUCUUGAAUGAAACUUACAGAAACAUCAAGGUUCUCCUUACCUCUGAUAAGGCAGCUGCAAACUUCUCUGAUCGAUCCCUACUGAAGAAUUUGGGCCACUGGCUUGGCAUGAUCACGCUGGCUAAAAAUAAGCCCAUCCUGUACACAGAUUUGGAGGUGAAAUCCCUCUUGUUGGAAGCGUAUGUCAAGGGGCAGCAGGAGCUACUGUAUGUGGUCCCGUUUGUGGCCAAAGUCCUAGAAUCCAGUUUACGUAGUGUGUCCCAUCAGGCAGAGUACCUACCGGAGCUGACAGGGAGCCAGUCCUUCCAGGCAGAAUACCUACAGCAGCAGACAGGGAGCCAGUCCUUCCAGGCAGAAUACCUACAGCAGCAGACAGGGAGCCAGUCCUUCCAGGCAGAAUACCUACAGCAGCAGACAGGGAGCCAGUCCUUCCAGGCAGAAUACCUACAGCAGCAGACAGGGAGCCAGUCCUUCCAGGCAGAAUACCUACAGCAGCAGACAGGGAGCCAGUCCUUCCAGGCAGAAUACCUACAGCAGCAGACAGGGAGCCAGCCAGAGCUAGAUGAUGUAGACCAUUAUAGGCAGUAUUAUAGCCCACCUCCAGAAGAAGCAAAGAGGCGCAAAAUCUUCCGACCUCAGAAUCCCUGGACUAUGGCCAUCAUGAAUGUUCUGGCAGAGCUGCAUACAGAACAUGAUCUGAAGCUGAAUUUAAAGUUUGAGAUUGAGGUGCUGUGUAAGAACUUAUCACUGGACAUCAACGACCUGAAGCCUGGCACCCUGCUGAAGGACAAAGACAAGUUGAAGACUCUGGAAGAGCAGCUCUCUGCACCAAAGAAAGAGGCCAAGCCCCCUGAAGAAAUGCUCCCUAUUGUUAGCGCAGGUAUCCAGCACUUUCAAACUGGGAUGCCCCUUGUCGGAGACUUUCUUCCAUUUGCAGCUGCACCAACCACUCCCGCUCCAACCACCACUUGCUCAGCUACUGGGCCCCCUACCCCUCAGUUUAGCUAUCAUGACAUCAAUGUGUACGCGCUUGCAGGGCUAGCCCCUCACAUCAAUAUCAACAUCAAUAUCCCCUUGCUCCAAGCCCACCCUCAGCUGAAGCAGUGUGUGAGACAGUCCAUUGAGCGGGCCGUGCAGGAGCUCGUCCACCCCGUAGUGGACCGCUCCAUCAAGAUCGCCAUGACCACCUGCGAGCAGAUCGUCAGGAAGGACUUUGCUCUGGACUCGGAGGAGUCGCGCAUGCGUGUGGCUGCCCAUCAUAUGAUGCGUAACCUGACCGCCGGCAUGGCCAUGAUCACCUGCCGGGAGCCCCUGCUCAUGAGCAUCGCCACCAACCUGAAGAACAGCUUUGCCGCUGCCCUCAGGGCCCCCACCCCCCAGCAGAGAGAGAUGAUGGAGGAGGCUGCUGCCAGGGUUGCCCAGGACAACUGUGAGCUGGCCUGCUGCUUCAUCCAGAAGACUGCCGUGGAGAAGGCCGGCCCAGAGAUGGACAAGAGGCUGGCGACGGAGUUUGAGCUGAGGAAGCACGCCCGUCAGGAGGGCCGUCGCUACUGUGACCCCGUUGUGCUGACCUACCAGGCCGAGCGCAUGCCAGAGCAGAUCAGACUCAAGGUUGGAGGCGUAGACCCCAAACAGCUGGCAGUGUAUGAGGAGUUUGCCCGGAAUGUUCCAGGCUUCCUACCCAGCAACGACCUGUCUCAGCCUACAGGAUUCCUUGCCCAACCCAUGAAGCAACAGGCAUGGGCCACAGACGACGUGGCUCAGAUCUAUGACAAGUGCAUGGCAGACCUGGAGCAGCACCUCCACGCCAUCCCUCCAGCGCUGGCCAUGAACCCUCAAACCCAGGCCCUGCGCAGCCUGCUGGAGGCCGUGGCCCUGGCCAGGAACUCCCGGGACGGCAUCGCCGCUCUGGGCUUGCUGCAGAAGGCUGUGGAGGGUCUGCUGGAUGCCACCAGUGGUGCCGAUGCUGACCUGCUUCUGCGGUACAGAGAGUGCCACCUGCUGGUGCUCAAAGCCCUCCAGGACGGCCGGGCAUACGGGCCACAAUGGUGCAACAAGCAGAUUACCAGGUGCCUGAUUGAGUGCCGUGAUGAGUACAAGUACAACGUGGAGGCUGUGGAGCUGCUGAUCAGAAACCACCUGGUCAACAUGCAGCAGUACGACCUGCACCUGGCACAGUCUAUGGAGAAUGGGCUGCAUUACAUGGCGGUGGCGUUUGCCAUGCAGCUGGUGAAGCUGCUGUUGGUGGAUGAGCGCAGUGUCAGCCACAUCACAGAGGCAGACUUGUUCCACACCAUCGAGACUCUGAUGCGAACCAGCGCCCACUCCAGGGCCAAUGCACCCGAAGGGCUUCCUCAGCUGAUGGACGUGGUCCGUUCCAACUACGAGGCCAUGAUCGACCGGGCCCACGGAGGACCCAACUUUAUGAUGCACUCUGGCAUCUCCCAGGCAUCAGAGUAUGACGACCCACCGGGCCUGAGGGAGAAGGCUGAGUACCUGCUGAGGGAAUGGGUCAACCUGUACCACUCUGCAGCCGCCGGCCGGGACAGCACCAAGGCCUUCUCUGCCUUUGUGGGCCAGAUGCACCAGCAGGGCAUUCUGAAGACCGAUGACCUGAUCACUCGUUUCUUCCGGCUGUGCACGGAGAUGUGUGUGGAGAUCAGCUACCGCGCCCAGGCCGAGCAGCAGCACAACCCUGCGGCCAGCGCCGCCAUCAUCAGGGCCAAGUGCUACCACAACCUGGACGCCUUUGUGCGCCUCAUCGCCCUGCUGGUCAAGCACUCUGGAGAGGCCACCAACACCGUCACCAAGAUCAACCUGCUCAACAAGGUUCUAGGUAUUGUGGUUGGAGUGCUGAUCCAGGACCAUGAUGUGAGACAGACUGAGUUCCAGCAGUUGCCUUACCACCGCAUCUUCAUCAUGCUGCUGCUCGAACUCAAUGCCCCCGAGCACGUGCUGGAGACCAUCAACUUCCAGACCCUCACCGCCUUCUGCAACACUUUCCACAUCCUGAGGCCUACCAAAGCCCCUGGCUUUGUUUACGCUUGGCUGGAGUUGAUCUCUCACCGUAUCUUCAUCGCCAGGAUGCUGGCACACACCCCACAGCAGAAGGGUUGGCCCAUGUAUGCCCAACUUCUCAUUGAUCUGUUCAAGUACCUGGCGCCCUUCCUGAGGAAUGUUGAGCUCAACAAACCUAUGCAAAUCCUCUACAAGGGCACCCUGCGCGUCCUUCUGGUCCUACUGCAUGACUUCCCAGAGUUCCUGUGCGACUACCACUAUGGCUUCUGCGAUGUCAUCCCGCCCAACUGCAUCCAGCUCCGCAACCUGAUUCUGAGUGCCUUCCCACGCAACAUGAGGCUUCCAGACCCAUUCACUCCCAAUCUUAAGGUUGACAUGCUCAGCGAGAUCAACAUCGCUCCGCGCAUCCUCACGAACUUCACCGGAGUGAUGCCCUCUCAGUUCAAGAAGGAUCUGGACUCGUACCUGAAGACGCGCUCCCCCGUCACCUUCCUCUCUGAACUCCGCAGCAAUCUGCAGGUAGGGGGCGCCACUCUGGGUCCCUGGAAGUAUUUGCAGCACAACGACACAUCUUUAGAACAGGUGUCAAAUGAGCCAGGUAACCGUUACAACAUCCAGCUGAUCAACGCUCUGGUGCUGUAUGUGGGAACCCAGGCCAUCGCACACAUCCACAACAAGGGCAGCACCCCCUCCAUGAGCACCAUCACUCACUCAGCCCACAUGGACAUCUUCCAGAACCUGGCUGUGGACCUGGACACUGAGGGGCGCUAUCUCUUCCUGAAUGCUAUCGCCAAUCAGCUGCGCUACCCAAACAGCCACACCCAUUACUUCAGCUGCACCAUGCUCUACCUGUUUGCUGAGGCCAACACUGAGGCAAUCCAGGAGCAGAUUACCAGGGUUCUUCUGGAGAGGCUGAUUGUGAACAGGCCUCAUCCCUGGGGACUGCUCAUCACCUUCAUCGAGCUCAUCAAGAACCCUGCCUUCAAGUUCUGGAGCCACGACUUUGUGCAUUGUGCCCCGGAGAUCGAAAAGUUGUUCCAGUCAGUGGCUCAGUGCUGCAUGGGGCAAAAGCAGGCUCAGCAGGUGAUGGAGGGCACUGGUGCCAGUUAGUCAGCCAGCCUGCAGGAGAGAUAAUGGGGCCAAACCCUCCAUCCCUGGACCCACCCCACAGAUGCCUCCCUACAUUACUGUUAGCACUGGACGAACUGGCAACGCUGAUUUGAAGUUUGACUGCUGCUCAUGGAUCUAAGAGUUUGUUUUGGCCUGGAUAUGGAGUUAUUUGGACAUGCUGUUUAAUAUCAUUUUUAUGCUUCGAUGUAAAUAUUAAAAGGGAGAUGGAGUACGAGCAGAUGUGUGAGAGUGUCCAACAAAUGAUCUAACAUGUAAAGAAGACUUGUAACACACACACACACACACAUUCAGUCACUACCAAAGGUCCAUGGCUGUCUCCCUCCUACAGAUUUAGUUUUUGCAUAUUUGAUGACUGAUUAAUUUGCAUUCAGAGGCUUAAAAGUUAGUGGAUAAAAAAGAGGGCUGUUUUUUUUAUUUUUUUUUAUUUGUUGAGUGGGAAAAGAAAGGCAGUGCACUAGAUUCUCUCAUGGGUUCACUCCUUUAAUCUGCUUGGGGUGUGGUGGGGGCAUUGGGCUUUCCAUUUUAAAUAGUGGGUUAGAGGUUCUCCCCGGCACUUGUAAAAUUGUGGAAAAUUUAAGAUGUCGAAUUAAAUCAAAAAAUUUGUACAAAUAUCCAAAUUGCAGAACAACAAAAGGACCAAUACAGCCCAUUUUGUAAGGAUUUUGAAUGUUUUGUAAAUGUAUUGGUCCGUGUGUUGUAUUUUGUAGUCCUUUAUAGUUGCCUUUAGUUCUUGCUACUUAUUUCCUGUAUGUAUGCAUACUGUAGUUAACCAUUAAACAAUUGAACUGCA